AUCCAGGCGCUGCAGAUGUGCUCUGCAGGCUGCAGGGACGCGCUGGUACGAAUCCCCGGGCGAGGCGACGAGGUCCCCGCGGCCCUGCAGCGCCUGGAGCGCUAGCCCAGCUAGCUCACGCAACUUUUCCGGCUUCAGGUGGUGGCCAGACCGGCGGAGGAGGUGGGAGCCCAUUGUUCCGAGGGCCUGUGGCCUCUUCCCCCGCAGGUGUCACCAAGAGUGACCUCCACACGAGUGAGCCCAGGGAAGACUGGAGUGCAAUGGUGUGAUCUUGGCUCACUGCAACCUCCGCCUCCUGGGUUCAAGCAAUUCUCCUGCCUCAGCCUCCUGAGUAGCUGAGACUACAGGCUGAGGAUGUCACCUUCCUCUACCACCCCUGUGCCCACCCCUGGCUGAAGCUCCAGCUUGCCUUCCUGGCCUACGCUUGUAUGGCGAACCCCUCCCUCGCCCCUGAUUCCAGCCUCACGCAGGAUCGGCCUCUGGUGCUGACUGCGUGGGGGCUGGCACUGGAGAUGGCCUGGGUAGAGCCAGCCUGGGCUACCCACUGGCUGAUGAGGAAGUGGAGGAGGAAGCAGAGGAAGAAGACGGCAUGGAUCUACCAUGACAGCCUUUUGGGGCCCCCUCCCUGUAUGCCAACCCCGGGUAGAGGGAGGCUGUGCCGGAGAGGGUGUGUGCAGGCCCUGGCUCUGGCCUUCACUCUGCGGAGCUGGCGGCCCCCUGGCACAGAGGUGACAUCUCAAGGGCCCAGGCAGCCCUCUCCCAGUGGUGCCAAGAGGCGGAGGCUUCGGGCUGCCCUUGUUCCCCAGCCAACUCGCUCAGCCCUGAGGUUUCCCUCUGCUUCCCUAGGGAGCUUGAAGACCAAGCAGCCCAUGCUGGGAAUCCGUGGUAGGGAGAGUAAUACCCCAUCUGCUCCCACUGCCUCCCUGCUGCCUGAGGCACCUGGAGGCAAUGCCAGCUCCAGGACAGAAGUUCAGGUGCCCAGCGGGCAAGGCAGCCCAGGGGGCUGUGUCUGUUCAAGUCAGGCUUUCCCGGCCCCCCACGCGGCAGUGCCUCCACGGGCAGCUCGGGGCCCCACCCCACGCACGGAGGAGGCCGCCUGGGCCGCCAUGGCCCUGACCUUCCUGCUGGUGCUGCUCACCCUGGCCACGCUCUGCACACGGCUGCACCGAAACUUCCGACGCGGGGAGAGCAUCUACUGGGGGCCCACAGCGGACAGCCAGGACACAGUGGCUGCUGUGCUGAAGCGGAGGCUGCUGCUGCCCUCGCGACGGGUCAAGCGCUCCCGCCGGAGACCCCUCCUUCCGCCCACGCCGGACAGCGGCCCGGAAGGUGAGAGCUCGGAGUGACGGCCUGGGUCCUGCCACUGUAGCAGCGUGCGACUCCUCCCCGCGCUGCCAGGCUGCGACCUCUGCCACGUGGACCGGGCGCGGCGCGCCCCCUGGUGGCGACGGUGCGGCCCCGGCCGAGCACCGCGGAGGCUUUCCUCUGCGUUUCUCGCGUUGGUUGCAGUGAGCCGCGGCGGAGAGAAAAGGAGUCACUUCUGCCUCCCUUGCCAAAACUCCGUUUCUAAUUAAAUUAUUUUUAGUAGA